AUGGGCUCUAUCGCUGAAAGCAUCCCCAUCCUCAACGGAGGCUCCAAAUCCAAGGAGCAGUCUGCUUAUCCAAAACCGCUGAAGCAGAGUGGUUCUUUAGACAAGUUCGACUCGGAAGAUGUCACCCCUGUCAUCGGUCGAGAAUUUCCAACCGCCAACAUCGUUGACGACCUCCUAAAUGCCGCCGACGCAGACACUCUUCUGAGAGAUCUAGCCAUUACAAUCAGUGAACGCGGCGUCGUCUUCUUCCGCGCACAGGACAACCUAACCAACACGCUUCAAAAGCAAUUCAUCCAACGCCUGGGCGAACUCACCGGCAAGCCGUCGACGUCGACACUGCACAUCCACCCGGUGCUCAACGGGUCGGGCGAGUUCGGCGACGACCCGCAAAUCAGCAACAUUUCGUCGGUGGGGCGCAAGAAGCUGUUCGCGAUCAACGAGCAGAAGGACAAGCGGCGCUACGACGCGGCGCAGUGGCACAGCGACAUCCAGUUCGAGCCCGUCCCUGCCGACUACACGAGCUUGCGGCUCGUCGAGCUGCCCAAGACCGGCGGCGACACGCUGUGGGCGUCCGGGUACGAGAUCUACGAGCGCUUCAGCAAGCCCAUACAGACGUUCCUCGAGGGCUUGACCGCCACGUUUGUAGGCGAUGGCUUCAUCAAGGCCGCCGAGGCCGGCCGCGCCACCCUGUACACUGAUGAGCGCGGCUCGCCGCAGAAUAUCGGCCAGAAGCUCUCGGCUGUGCACCCUGUUGUGCGCACGAAUCCCGUCACCGGCUGGAAGAGUAUCUUCGCCAUUGGCCCGUUUCCGAAGUAUAUCAACGAGGUGCAUGCCGAUGAGAGCGAGGAGAUUCUGAAGAAGCUCCACGAUACGAUUAUCGCGAAUCAUGACUUGCAGGUGCGAUUCAAGUGGAGGAACAAGAAUGAUAUCGCUAUCUGGGACAACAGAAGUGUUUUCCACUCCGCAACCUUUGACUACGACGGGCUAGGAGAGCGCUUUGGGAACAGAGCUGUGGGUAUUGGCGAGGCUCCGUAUCUCGACCCCAACAGUAUAACAAGGACUGAAGGGAUCACUGCUGCAUAA